GAAUCAGAAUAACCCCUCCUGAUCUGACGGGUCUCUGACCGCUCCCGACCACCAUGGGCUGUGUGUUGACAAUGCGGUACCGGUAUGGCGGUCGAUACGGUGAUUGUAGUCUUUUUAUUCUUUCCCCUUUCAGUGCUCUUGAGGUUCGGUCAGGGAUCCACUUGCUAGGACCCCAUGGCAAAAUUUACACAUUUGAGUGUGAUGGAUUACAGUACUGUGCCGUAAAGAACGUGUUCCGCUUUAUGCUUUGUCUUUUCUUUGUUCCUCAUGUCUCUCGGUCAGCAGUGUAACCGUACCGUUAAGUCCGGAGUAUGCAAGGUCAUAUCUCUGGUUCAACACUCUUGGCGCGUUACUGGCCGUGCGGAACCCUAAAUUUCCGGCACCGGUGACGACACUCACAACACUGAGAGGAAUUGUCAUGGGGAGGCUGAUCUCGUGCAGCGUUCUCACUGGUGGAUUUGGUUGCGUGACUUUGGUGGGGGGGGGUGGAGCGGCCUUGGGGCAUGGAGAGCCUAGCGGGGUCUUACUCAUGAAUGCUCACGGGAAUUCCUGUGAACAUUCUCUCCGACCGAGCUGCUGUUUACGAGAAAUCUGGGAGCACCCCGCGUUAUUCGCUUCCAUUGGAAUUUGUGUGCGGUGGGUGGUGAGUACAGUUGGGUGGGCUCUAUCUAAAGUACUGCCCCCUCCCCCCUCAUUCCAUGGACCCUCCUACGCCUCUUGCUCUUUAUUCUCCUUCCCUUUGGCUAUUUGGAAUUUGGUACUUACACACGAGGCUGGCUACCGCAUCGCUCUUGAUCCCCAUGCGUAUCGGUAGCGUUCACAUCACCAAAGCUUGUUGGUCUCUGAUUUAACCCCCUGCGUGUGGUAUCGAUUUACGGUGGUGUACCGGUAUUUGUCCGGCAUCUCUUGGACGACAUAUCUUUUCUGGAAAAAUUUAUCGAGCCUUUUUUUCUUUUUCUUUUUUCAUUUUCUUAUUCUAGCCGGGAGAGCAAAGAUAGUUUCUUCAUAAAGGAUAGGGCGGUCGUGGGUGGAACUCGGAAAACGUAAACCAGAAAGAAACCUGCAGCUUUCCUCCCGUAGAGAAUGUUUGCGGACGCCUAUCUUGAGCCUUUGAUUGUGUUCUCAAUCCUCUCCGCCGGGGUAAUACUCAACCGGCAACGAACCCCUCAAAAUAACGGUACUUGGUCGCCAACUUCGUCAUCGUCUUCGGAGGGACUGCUGUCCUCCCCGAUACUGGAACCGCAAUACCGGGAGAGAAAAUUCUUCGGGAGGAAGGUCCAGAGCCGGAACACUGCACGGUGGAAGCGUACACUCGUAUCCAGACUGCUGAGGAAGUUCCCGUUUCUGGUAGAAGUAUGGUAUUGGUUGCUGGUUUAUUGGGUGAGCACCAACGUUUUUCUUCCUCUUUACUUCCCUUGAAUCAAUGAGUUGAACUUAUCAAUUGGCUUGUUAGACAUACCAACUUGGGAGAGCAUUUACUGCGGUUACCCUCAAGUCUGAUACCGUUGUGCAAGCACGUCUACAUGCUCUAUCGCUAGUUAGGCUUGAGCAGAAGCUGGGUAUCUUUCUGGAACCAGCGAUUCAGGGAUACUUUUUGCCCCGGUCUGUUCUGCUUACUGCCAUUAAUCGCAUAUAUUCGUUUAUCCAUAUCCCAGGGACAAUUACCUUCAUCGCAUGGUUAUACCAUUACGCGCCAGCUUCGCUGUUCGAGUCUAGGAGACGAGCUCUGGCAGUUUGCAACCUCAUAGCGUUUGUCAUAUUCACUGCAUGGCCAUGUAUGCCUCCUCGCCUACUUUCCGAGGAGGACGGCUUUGGGUUUAUCGAUACUGUACAUACGGGAAAGGUGGCAAGCGUGUGGACGACAAACAGGUUCUGCAAUCAAUUGGGUAUAUAUGCCCCCUCCCCUCGCUUUUCGUUCCUCAUCCAUCCCCUGAUAAUCUAUGUUUCGGAAAACGUGAAUAUGCUAACGGAAUCAAUUUUGGUACCUAGCGGCCAUGCCAUCACUUCACUUCGGAUACUCGUUUGUGAUAGGGUUAACCAUCGCCACUAUGCCCCCUUCAUUGUCACUUCAUGCGAAUAACCUACGAAGGAGAAUCUUACUCAUCAUUUUUGGGAUAUCAUAUCCAUUGACUAUUCUUGUGGCAAUCAUUGCGACAGCCAAUCAUUACAUCCUUGAUGCUGUGGCUGGUCUCUUCGUGGCGCUACUAGGAUGGCAGAUUAACAGUGUAUUAUAUAAUCUUCUCGUCUUGGAAGACUGGGUGUAUUAUCUCUUGAGAGUGCAUAAGCCUAGCAGGGAUUAUGAAGCCGAGGGAGCGCAGAUCUAUGCAGUGGACAAGGAGGGGGGCGACGAGGACUGGUGGAGGAAGGCAUAAAGGGAUCCCAACGGGUGAACGAGUACUCGAGUACAGUGGGAUCAUCCGAUUUUGGGGAAUGAGAGAUACGGUACCGCGUGGGUAGUGACAGGAAAAAAGAAAGAAAAAAAAACACAAAAUAAUGACUGACAGAAUGGGGUUCUCGGACUCUGCGCACGGCUAAGAUAAACUAAAAAAGUAUUGUUCUCACAACCGGAUGCAUAAACCUAUUUGGUUGGCUAACUGAGUUUAUUUCCCCUUGACUUUGAUUUGGUUUUGUUGUUUGGAUGGAUGCUUUCCUUGUUGUGCCUAGUUCCUGUCACGUUUUCUCCGGGGUUGGCGCUCUUGAUAUCGCAGCUUUUGGGUGGUGGUGGUGGUCGUGCUUUGCCCUAAAGGCAUUUUGUCGAGGGUCGAGGCCUGGGCCUGGAUGGCUAUUCCCGCACAACACUGUACUUUGGACCAUAGUACUGUUGUGGCUCUUUGGGCGGGGAGGGAUUAUUGGUGACUGUAUAUAUUUUAGAGGGUGGUUAUCCUCAUGGGGACGGUGUGUCUUACGGCCUGUUAAUUGUGGAUAGCUAUGAAUGGGAGUAUUCUGCCGGUGCAGUAGGGUAUCAUUGUGGUAGUGAUCUCUACUCUAUAUCGUGACACCCUACGAUGUCUUUUUCGUAAAGGACAGAUAGAGGAGCGGAGAUUGUGGGAGUCCUGUGCUGAAUCACGAAGGCGGAUUUCUGUGGCGAGAAUGUGU